GUUGUAAAUUUGCCCUUACUCUCGUGUAUUCCCUAAUGGCUCAGUCCGUUCCCCUCUUCGACUCUUCCAAGCCUACUUCGCACAGCGCACUUUUUCAGCACUUUUCUUCUCCAACAGUUGUGGAUAAAUGUAUAUAUUGCAGCUUUAUACAUCCUUCCCAGGAAGAUUUAAUUCUCGUUAGAAGUAAUCACAUCGAAAUAUAUAAUUUUAUUAUUGAAAAUAACGAAUGGAGGCUUAAUAAAGUUUUUGGGACAUCCCUUUAUGAAGAAAUUGAGGAUAUUGUUUCCGUCAGAUUUUACGGUGAGACUGUCGACUCCAUCCUGGUGAGCUUCAAGGAUGCAAAACUCGCUGUAAUGAAUUUUGAUCCUGUUCAAUAUGAAUUAAGGACGCUGUCUAUACAUAAUUUUGAGCAUGAAAAUCAAAAGGGAGGCCGCUUUCAAUUUAAUAAAUCACCUUUGCUUCGUGUCGAUCCAAACCAACGUUGUGCUGUGAUGCUAAUAUAUGAUCGUCACAUCGCAGUCAUCCCCUUUCGAAGAGCGGAUAUUUUGGGUGCCGUUGGUGCCAUCAAUGAUUCACUCACUCCCAAUACGGGACCUAUGUUUUCUGAUAAUGAUAAUCCCACUCACGAAAGCGCUUGGCAAAGGAAACUUACUGCGCCUAUUCUUCAGUCCUACACUACUUGCUUGGCCACGUCAACUGGAGAAAAAAUUAAUAAUAUUAUUGAUUUUGACUUCCUCAAUGGAUUCUACGAACCAACACUUCUUGUACUAUAUGAAUCCAUAGGAACUUGGGCUGGCCGGGUCUCAGCAAGACGAGAUACAUGCUGCAUUGUUGCUUUAUCCUUCAACCUUCAGGCCAGGACAAAUCCCGUUAUAUGGUUUCAGGAGGGUCUUCCUUAUGAUUGUUCUAAGGUUGUCCCUGCCCCACGUUCCGUUGGUAUGCCUUAUUUUACUUAA